AUGCCUGCCUGCCGCUACCUCAGUCAACUCAUUGCCACCCUCCUCCCUGGCCUGCUAGCGGGACUGAGUCCCCCACUGCCCGUCCGCCUCCCAGGCACAGGGGCAGAGAAAUCAGGCGUGUGCCCCUCGCUGGAGGUGGACCUGAAUUGCACGCAGGAGUGCCUCUCGGAUGGGGAAUGCGCGGACAAUCUCAAGUGCUGCCGGGCCGGCUGCGCCACCGUCUGCCAGAUGCCCAAUGAAAAGCAGGUUUCUUGCUCCAAGCUGGACAUCGCCUGCCCCCAGCUCAGCCUCUGACUGAACCACUGCCAGGUAAACAGCACGUCUGGCCAGUUGAGAUGCUGCCACAAUGUUUGUGGGAAGGUGUCCUGUGUCACGCCUGUCUUCUGA